CUUCUUGCACAGGUGCCAGAAUUGUUUCCCUGCGAUUUGAACAGUCAUCGUGGGGAGCAUUUAUACUUCAGUUCCUGUAAACCUGACUGAACACAGAGAAAAUGGAUCACCAUGAAGUUACCUCGGAGGCUGACAAAAUCCAUCAAAAUCGUCUCUCAAAUGUCACAGAAGAUGAAGAGCAAGAUGCUGCAUAUACAAUUGUGACAGUCCUAGAUAAAGUGGCCAACAUUGUACACAGUGUACAGGAGAGUCAGAAAAGAAUAGAGGAGCGACACAGAGAAAUGGAGAACGCUAUCAAGACCAUACAGAUUGAUAUUUUAAAGCUUGCCCAGACUCAUGGCAAUACAGGCUAUACUGUUAACAAGUUGCUUGAGAAAACCUGCAAAGUUAGUUCCCACAUUAAAGAAGUGAGGGCACGUGUGGAAAAGCAGAGUGCUAAUGUGCGAAAGGUUGAAGCAAAACAAGAGGAGAUGCUGAGAAAAAACAAAUUUCGGGUUGUAAUAUACCAGUCCAUCUGGUGUCGAUGGGCCUUCCUUGUCAAGCGGGACAUAACUCCUGUUGGAGACCAGCAUUUCACACUAGUUAAUGGCUGUCUCUUGCCUGGUGAUUUACAGUUACAGAGGCUUACAAUGCAAACACGCAGCUAUUACCUUGUAAUGUGGGAUACAGACAUUAUAAGAGACAAAGGAGACUUUGCUGAGAGCCUCCUUGCAUCUGAUUUUCUUGAACAGAAUCAGCAUCUUGAAUUAGCCUCUUCACUCUUCAUGUUCCCAUCCCUGUUUAGAUCAGCUACAGCAAGAGUGGAUUCCUCUUAG